AUGGGAUUCCAGGUGGUUUUACUAAUAGAAAAGAAAAGGAGCUUGAGUGUGGAGGUUAUAUAUGAUGCUAUCCAAAACCUGGAUAAGAAAUUUGAUGUCAUUGAUGGAAAGUUGGCAAAAAUCCAACGUCUGCGUACAAAAUCCUUUUGGAACUAUCGCAAGCCACUUGGAUUUGCAUGCAAAAAUUAUAAUCACCUGCUUUCUAAAAAAGUUAAAGUCCAAAAAGCAAAAAAGAAGGAACGUCUCAAUUCAUUCUCCUAUCCUGAAAGUUACAGCCCGACUUUACCAGUUCGCAGACCAGAAAAUGAUGACAGCAACAUUGUGAUCUCAUCUUUUCAAUCUGAGGAAUCCCAGGAGAUGGAGCAGGAGUCCCUGAUCAGGGAUCAGGAGUCAUCCCUCAGAGAUAGCCCACCGAUCCCACCACUCUUCUCUGGGCGUUCAUUCCAGACCUACCUCAGAAAUGAUGACAACACACAUGGUCCUUCUAUAGUGUCCUGCUUUGCCAGCCCUGGGGCUCGCAGCACCAGCAGCAUCUCUUCUGCUGGAGUUUCCAUAACAAUGUCCUCAAAUGGAGCCUCCAUGCCAGUAACUCCAAAUGCACUGGCCCGAGGAGAGUCCAACGCUGAUAUGAAGAAUUACCCAGGCUUGCUGGAGAAUACACAUGCUCUGUCAUCUCACCACAUGUCAUCUGGUUUUGCUACAAGUUCACCAGUUCAAUCUGAAUCCAUUGUGAUAAACCAAGACUACCCGGAGGAUCCUUUAACCUGGUCUGUGGAUGAUGUGAUCCUGUUUCUGAACCAUAUGGAUCCUCAGAUGUCAGGCUCCCUCUCUGGCCUCAUUGAGCAACAUGAAAUUGAUGGGAAGGCCUUGCUGUUGCUGACCAGUGACAACAUGAUCAAGUAUAUGGGGUUGAAGCUCGGAACCGUCUUGAAACUGUGCCACUACAUCGAAAAGCUUAAAGAAGAAAAAGGCCUCAACAAUUGAGUGUUUGCAGAAGUUUAGAUUAGGUUUACCAGUUCCUUCUUAAAGUCAUUAUUCUGUCCUUAGUAGUUUCUGUUUUGUAGAAGGUUCCUCUAAAAAAUGUUAUCUCCACAAUUGUAAAAUGAGAAGUCAAUGAUAAGUCAAGUCUACUUAUUUAAAAACCAUUUAACAUUUUAGUAUUAGCACAUUCAAAUUGAAAGUUCAUUCUUUAUGCCUUUUUGUUAUUUUUCAUCAUAUAGUUUACAAAUGUACUUCAUGUAGGAAAUGGCAAAAAAAACCCUUUGAUUUAUGUGCAUCUUUCUAUUUAGAGCCACAACAGCUUAAGAGGAAAUACAACCUCUAGAAUGAAAUCCAUAUGGGGGAAUUUUUCCUUAAAAGAGAAUUUUUCCUUAAAAGAGAAUCUAUAGGCAUCUUCUCUUUAUCAAUUAUUUUGUCUGAUAUGUUUUACCAGUUUCCAGAAAAGAAAUAGCUAUAUAAAGUAUUUUACUCUCUGUUUUUAUCUUUACAUAUUGCACUUGUUAGAUUUAGAGGGGAAAAAAACGAGUUUAUAGACUUCUUGAAAUAUUUGUACCAGUUUUGGGAUAAGUUAUAGGAUUGAUAGAAUGGUCAUUUUAUGCAAGAGAUAUUUACUGCUGGAGUAGUGUAGGUGGAGUCACUAUUUUAUUUGUUGAAAUACCUGUUAUUUUAAAGCUUACACGUUUUGACUAAGGUUAUACAUAUAAAUAGGAAUUAAUUGUCCACAUCUCUCUAUGAAGAUACCUAUAUCCAAGUGUUUAAAAGAAUCUUAUUUUUGUGACAUAUGAGUGCUAUUUCAUACUUUUCUU